AUGGAGCAUCUAAGAGAUCAACACGAGGAGCAGUUAUUUAAGGAUACACCUAAUCAUAUUUUACCGUUCAAAUUUGAAGGUCCCGGACGGGGAACUAGAAUGAUCAGAAUAGAAAGACCUUCAAAACUGAGUGUAGAACUGAAGUUCCUAUCAAAACGAUCCACUGCCGACGAUAGUACCGUAAAGGGUUACGUGUCAGAGACAGCGAAGAACAAGCUGAAUUUGACGCAUAUUUUGCUCAAUUCUAACGCCACCCCAAUACGGUGUAAAGAUAGUUUAGGAUACGGGUGCACAUUUUGUCUAAAAAAGUUCCCAGAACCCACCAAACUGAAGAAACAUUUCCUCGAAGAACACAACAACGACAAAUUAAUAAAAUGUAUGUCUGCGAAAAUGCUAGAGCAUGUCAUCAAGCUUGAUAUAACUUACUUAAAUUGCGCUCUUUGCGAUAAAGACAUUGCGAAACUCGACGAUUUUAUGUUUCAUUUGAAACAUGAACAUAAAAAAAAUAUGUACUUGGAUGCCAAAACUCAUAUCGUUCCGUUCAGAUUCGAUACACCAGAAUUGAAAUGUGCUAUAUGUCCCACUGAAUUUGGUACUUUUAAACUGUUACAAGAACAUAUGAACUCCCACUUUGGGAAUUACAUAUGUGAAAUAUGCGGCGCUGGUUUCGUAAUAGACAGGCUUAGGAUUUGCCACGUCAAGCGACAUGGUAGCGGCGAAUUUAAGUGCGAUCAGUGUGAUAAAACAUUUAAUAACCAAAUCAAAAGACGAGAGCACAAAAAAAGAAUACAUAUGGGUUUCAGUGCGAGGAACAAAUGUAAAUUUUGCUCAGAAAGAUUCGAUGAUUACUGGAAAAAAGUAAGACAUAUGGUCAAAGAACAUGGGGUACCACCAGUUGUUCUAAAGUGUACAGCCUGCGACCGUACUUUUAACAACCAGAGAUCGUUGUCACGCCAUACAAAGAAAGAUCAUCUUUUGGAGCGAAGACACAAAUGUGGCGAAUGUGACAUGAGAUUCUUUGAAGAUUUGCCUGCAUACAUUGUGGUCAAGCCUUUGUACAAAAAUGCAGUUGGCGAAGCCAUAUGCGUUCAAAACAUGGAGAGGAAGUGUAGUGUACCACGGCACACCGAAGUAACAGAUGAAGAUAUUAUCACAACGAAGGAAGCGUCUGUACUGAAAACAGACACAUAUCAUGAGCCUGAAAAAAAGUCGAAAAGUACAACUGAAACCUUGAAAAUUAUUUUAAAAUAUUCUAAUGCAAAUUUAAUACGGAAACAAGACAGCGAUGGAUACGGCUGCAUUUUCUGUCCUAAAAAAUUUGCAGAGCCCUAUAAACUAAAAGAACAUUCUAUUAAAGAGCAUUCUAAUGUUGAGAGUCUUCGAAUGCCGAGACCUUUCGAGUGCGUAAUCAAAGUGGAUAUCACAGACUUAGAGUGUAAACUUUGCAAAAAGAAGUUCACUAAACUAGAUGAUUUGGUAACGCAUCUAAAGGAGGUGCAUGAUAAGAACAUUAUGACUGAUAACACAGAUAUAAUACCAUUUAAAUUCGACGGAGAGGAGUUACGAUGUGCAAUAUGCGACGCAAGAUAUUCUACAUUUAAGAUACUGCAGGAACACAUGCAUAAUCAUUUCAGGAAUUACAUUUGUGAGAUUUGCUCCUCUGGUUUUAUAACUAAGCGUCUGCUAGUUCGCCACAAAAGUAGACAUGAGCAAGGAGAGUUCAAAUGCGGGCAUUGCGAGAAGACAUUUGUUCACGAUCAGAAAAGGCGGGACCACGAGCAAAGGAUACAUCUUGGUUUGAAAAAGAGGAACAGAUGCAAAUUGUGUAACGAGAAAUUUGAUGACUACUGGACAAAAAUGCACCACAUGGUCGACAAACAUAAUGCUCCACCAAUAUCCUUAAAAUGCAAUGCAUGCGAGCGCACGUUUACUAACAGAAGGUCCUUAGCAAGACACGUCAAAAAGGAUCAUUUAAUGGAAAGAGAUCACGUGUGUAGUAUUUGUCACAUGCAGUUCUUUUUAAAGCAUUAUUUAGAAGCACAUAUGAGGGUGCAUACUGGAGUGAAAAAUUUCAGAUGUCAUGUGUGUAUGAAGCACUAUGCAUCUAAAAAGUCGCUGCGUCAGCAUCUGCGGGCUCAUGCCAAUGAUCGGAAAUUUGCUUGCAAUUUUUGUGGAUUGGCGUUCGUGCAGCGAAAUCAGCGGUCAAGAAGCAAAGAACAACAUGAACCAAUCUAUUAUGAAGACGAAGAAGAGGAAGAGAAGAAACUGACUCUAAACAAGAAGAUGAACUUUUCUUCUUUCAUAUCAAUUCGCCCGGUGGGCAAGAUGGCAAUACCUUGGGUAAGAGAUCAACAGAAGAGAAUUGCCCAACAGAAACGCAUGUCGGAAUUAGAUUGGCAAUUCGACAACAUCCGAUCAAUUUUGAAAUGCUCAAAUGCGACUCCGGUACGCUGUCGAGUUGGCACUAGAUUUGCUUGCAGUUAUUGCCUGAAUCAGUUCCAGAACCCACAUGAGCUAAGGGUACACACAGAUCAAUGUCAUCAAAAUGAUAAGGCAGAGUUCUUUAACGCGCGGUCAUUAUCCAGACAUAUAGUUUAUCUUGAUAUUUCACAGCUAAAAUGUAAAAUUUGCGAUAAAGCUAUGGAAGGAUUGGAAGAAAUCAUGGAUCACUUGAAGACUGAACACAAUGAAUUAAUACAUAAGCAGAUCAAAAAUCAAAUCCUUCCUUUCAAAUAUGAGGACAGAAAAAUUAUGUGUGGUGUUUGCUCUCUUGAUAUUGGAGAGUAUUUAGAUAUUCAGGAUCAUAUGAGUCAACAUUAUAGAAACUACGUUUGUACUGAACCAGCAUCCGUACUGAUCGAGAUAGAAGUUGAUACGUCAUAUAUGAUCGGCAGUACGAUUGAUUAUGUUGAUGAAACUCCAGCAGACGAUAACGAGGCACAAGUUGUUAAAAACGAAGUCGAAAAGCAUAGAGAGAAUAUUAGAACCAUACUACUUUCCACUAACGCGACUCCAAUCGGACGAUACGGCAGUCUCGGCUACACUUGCUGUUACUGUACAGAGCAGUACACUGACCCCAAGGAACUGAAAAAGCAUACAAUAGAUAGCCACGAUGAAGUAAAUAUUUCUCAAUUCAUGAACAAUCAUACGAUGUUAAAUUAUAUUGUCAAAUUAGACAUUACGGCAUUAAGAUGUGAAAUGUGUGUGAAGCCCUUUAGUGAAUUGUCACAUAUCAUUGACCAUCUGACGAUAAAGCACAAGAAAUACUUUCACACAGACAUUAGCAGUCACAUCGUACCAUUUAGGUUUGAUUCGGAAACGCUUUAUUGUGUCGAAUGCUCCACCGAAUACAGGAACUUUAAAAUUCUAUUAGAACACAUGAAUUCACACUAUAGCAAUCAUAUCUGCGAAGUUUGUAAAGCGGGCUUCGUUACUAGAAGAAUGCUUCAAGCUCACAUGUACAGACACAAAAUUGGUGUUUUCCAAUGUGGAUAUUGUCCAAAAAUUUUCGACACACGAAUCAAAAUGAAAGUGCAUGAAAGAGUAGUGCAUAUGUACGUGAAAAAGAGGCCCAAAUGUGGUGCUUGCGAAAAGAAAUUUGUUGAUUUCAACGACAUGGUACAACAUGAAGAGCACGUGCAUGGAUUGAAAAGGGAAUUCAAAUGUGAAAUGUGUAACAGAAUGUUCAAUUGUCAGAAGUCGUUCACUAUACAUAAUAGAUAUCAUUGUGUUUCUGAUGUUGCUUAA